CUCUUCUUCUACCCUUCGCUUCCACUUAAAUGCCCGAAACCCUGAUAGAGCAGAAGCCUCGACGGGAGCUCGCGGGGAAGGCAUCGACGGGCGUGUGAAGGAGAAGUGGAAGUCGCGACUGGAGCUUGCAAAGGGGAGGCAUCGAGAGGACCGGCGGCGCUUGGUGGAGAAGAGGUGUUCGUGACGGGAGCUCGCUGGGGAAGAAACGCCGCGGAUUUAAUUUAAAUCAGCACAACAGUGGCAUUUGGCAUUAGGUUUUUUUAAUGGAUGCAGUGGGGUUGAACUUAGGAAAUCGAGUUCCUUCCAACAGAAUAGUGAUUAAUUUUUUGGAAAGAACUCACUCCACGAGUUCUGGGACUUAUCGACCUCAAAAAGUAGAUUUUGGCGAAGUAUGUUCUUAUGGAAAUGUCACAUUGAGAAAACAAGGCGGAGCAUUAGAAGUCUUGCGUAGAAAUAGUCUUCCUGGAGCUGUUAGUUCUCUGGAAGAAAAAUAUGGGUCGGGAAGUUCUGCAAGAAAAAAUCUGGCAGUUUUUGUGUCCGGUGGAGGAUCAAAUUUUCGUUCCAUUCAUAAUGCUUCUAUUAAUGGAUUAAUUCAUGGAGAUGUUGUUGUUCUUGUGACUGAUAAGCCUGGUUGUGGUGGUGCUGAAUAUGCAAGAGAUCACAAUAUUCCUGUUAUACAAUUCCCAAAAAGUAAAUAUUCUCUUGAGGGGUUAUCACCAACUGACCUCGUAAUUUCCUUAAGGAAAUGGAAGAUUCAAUAUAUUCUCCUGGCUGGCUUCUUAAAAUUGAUUCCCACUGAAUUAGUCCAGGCAUUUCCGAGAUCUAUACUGAAUAUUCAUCCUUCUCUUCUGCCAGCCUUCGGGGGUAAAGGAUAUUAUGGGCUAAAGGUGCAUAAAGCUGUCAUUGAAUCUGGGGCUAGAUACUCCGGUCCAACUGUUCACUUUGUAGACGAACAUUAUGAUACAGGUCGAAUCUUAGCUCAAAAGGUUGUCCCAGUUCUAGCAAAUGAUACUGCCGAACAGCUGGCUGCAAGAGUUCUUUGUGAGGAGCAUCAGGUGUAUGUGGAGGUGGUGUCUGCAUUAUGUGAGGACAGAAUAGUCUGGAGGGAAGAUGGAGUUCCUCUUAUCCGGAGCAAAGAGAAUCCAGAUGAGUAUAACUAAUACCUGUUGAUAACCUUCCCCAGAUAUCUGGAGCGGCCCCUGUAGCGAGUGGUUCCUACAGCGAAUUGCUAUAUCCCAUUAUUGGCUUAUUCAAUGAUUACUGUUGCCUGGUGAUAUUCCCUGUUCUCGCUGCAUAUGCGCUGCUUUGUCCACAGGUUGGUUCCACCUUUCAUUACUGGCUAAGAAGGUUUACUGUGGAGUUUUAAGUGAUCUACGACUAAACUAGUUCACCGAUCUUCUUGAUUUUUUGAACUGAAAAUUCUGAACAACCAACAAGAAAACGGAAGUUUAUAAAUACUAAAACCUGACACGCUUAAAAGAAAUUUUCUCGCAUUGCAAACUCAAAUUUUGUUCAACCGUGUGAUUGUUAAGUGGAGUGUUCAUUCCUUCUAGCGAUGCAAUGUGACUGAAAUUUCAAGGUCUCUUCUAUUGAUAUUUGGUUUGGACACAUGGACUGAUUACCAUUGCAAUCCUUUUAAGUUUGAUGCAAUCUCGAAUCAUUGUUAGAUGAUUAUCAUUGCAGUUAUUGAGCAAACUCAAGCUCAUUGGUGCAUCCAAUCCUUGAUUAUCACUGUAGGAGACUGGUGGAUAUCGUCAUUCUUGUAAACCCUAAGGAAAAAAAAAAAAAACAAGAGAAGAAAAAGGAGAAAAAAUAACAACUUUUUGGAAAAGAUUGGAGAAUGCAUGUGAAUAAUUGAAGAGCUAUCGAUCUUUCGUCUAGCUAUUGUAAACCGCGUGGCGUCUAUUUUUGACCGGUUUUGUCUUUAGAUCUUGGUGCAUCACCUUACUCCUAAAACCAUAUUUUCUGGUUCAUUUCCAUUUAUC